GCGCUGGCGGACAGACCCGCCGGCAGUUGGCACUGGGGGCGCUGGCGCGUCGACCGCUCCGCUCUCCCGCCGGCAGCCUCGGGCGCCCGGAGCCAGCGGUCUAGGCUGCGGCGCCGCACAGGGGGCCAGGAGCGGGCGGCGAGAGGCUGCGAGGCAGGAGGCGGCGGCAGAGGAGGCGGAGGCCAGCCCGAGCCCUGAGUGCGCCCCAUUUCGCCCGCAGCCCGGAGCCCGGGGCUCGGCGCCUGCCCGGCUGGCGCGCCCAAGCGGCCACAUGGCUCCUCUCUGCGCGCUGCUGUCCUGCUUGCUGCUCUUGCACUGUGCGCUCUGCGCCGCUGCCGCGGGUAGCCGGACCCCAGAGCUGCGCCUCUCAAGAAAGCUCAGUGACUAUGGUGUGACAGUGCCCUGCAGCACAGAUUUUCGGGGACGUUUCCUCUCCCACGUGGUAUCUGGGCCAGCAGCAGCCUCUGCAGGGAGUACAGAGGCGGACCGGCCACCUGCACCUCUGUCACACUCUGGUCACCUGCGGGUGGCUCGAAGCCCACUGCGCCCCAAAGGAGUGACCUUGCAGCCGGGCAGGGUGGGCCGCUCCUCCCUCUACUUCAAUGUCACUGUUUUUGGGGAGGAACUGCACUUACACCUGCGGCCCAACCGGCGGCUGGUGGUACCUGGAGCCUCGGUGGAGUGGCAUGAGGAUUUCCGGGAGCUGUUCCGACAGCCCUUGCGGAGGGAGUGUGUCUACACCGGGGGUGUCACGGGCAUGCCAGGGGCGGCUGUCGCCAUCAGCAACUGCGACGGAUUGGCGGGCCUCAUCCGCACAGACAGCACCGACUACUUCAUUGAGCCCCUGGAAUGGGGGCAGCAGGAGAUGGAGGCCAGCGGGAGGACACAUGUGGUGUACCGCCGGGACGUCAUCCAGCCAGCAUGGACAGAGCCCCUCGGGGACCUUCACAAUGAAGCCUUUGGCCUGGGCGACCUUUCCAACCUGCUGGGCCUGGUGGGGGAUCGGCUGGGAGAAGCCGAGCGGAAGCGGCGACACGCCAAGCCGGGCAGCUACAGCAUCGAGGUGCUGCUGGUGGUGGAUGACUCGGUGGUCCGCUUCCACGGCAGGGAGCAUGUGCAGAACUACGUCCUCACGCUCAUGAACAUCGUGAAUGAGAUUUACCACGAUGAGUCCCUGGGUGUCCACAUCAACAUCGCUCUCGUCCGCUUAAUCAUGGUUGGCUACCGACAGUCCCUGAACCUGAUCGAGCGCGGGAACCCCUCUCGCAGCCUGGAGCAGGUGUGUCGCUGGGCGCACUCUCAGCAGCGCCAGGACCCUGGCCAUGCGGAGCACCACGACCACGUCAUCUUCCUCACCCGGCAGGACUUUGGGCCCUCAGGGUAUGCACCUGUCACUGGCAUGUGCCACCCCUUGAGAAGCUGUGCCCUCAACCACGAGGACGGCUUCUCCUCGGCCUUCGUGGUGGCCCACGAGACCGGCCACGUGCUCGGCAUGGAGCACGACGGUCAGGGGAAUGGCUGUGCAGACGAGACCAGCCUGGGCAGCGUCAUGGCACCCCUGGUGCAGGCCGCCUUCCACCGCUUCCACUGGUCCCGCUGCAGCAAGCUGGAGCUCAGCCGCUACCUCCCCUCCUACGACUGCCUCCUUGACGACCCCUUCGCACCCGCCUGGCCCCAGCCCCCGGAGCUGCCCGGCAUUGACUACUCCAUGGAUGAGCAGUGCCGCUUCGACUUUGGCACUGGGUACCACACCUGCUCGGCGCUCAGGACCUUUGAGGCAUGCAAGCAGCUCUGGUGCAGCCACCCUGACAACCCGUACUUCUGCAAGACCAAGAAGGGGCCCCCGCUGGACGGGACUGAGUGUGCACCAGGCAAGUGGUGCUUCAAAGGUCAUUGCAUCUGGAAGUCGCCAGAGCAGAUGUAUGGCCAAGAUGGAGGCUGGAGCUCCUGGACCCAUUUCGGGUCAUGUUCACGGUCAUGUGGAGGUGGAGUUCGAUCCCGUAGCCGGAGCUGUGACAAUCCCCCCCCAGCCUACGGAGGCCGCCUGUGCUCAGGGCCCACAUUCCAGUAUCAGGUCUGCAACAGCGAGGAGUGUCCGGGGCCCUACGAAGACUUCCGGGCCCAGCAGUGUGCCAAGCGCAACUCCUACUAUGUCCACCAGAACGCCAAGCACAGCUGGGUCCCCUUCGAGCCUGACGACGAUGCUCAGAAGUGUGAGCUGAUCUGCCAGUCAGAGGACACAGGGGAGGUGGUCUUCAUGAACCAGGUGGUCCACGACGGGACACGCUGCAGCUACCGGGACCCGUACAGUGUCUGCGCCCGUGGCGAGUGUGUGCCCGUCGGCUGUGACAAGGAGGUGGGGUCCAUGAAGACAGAUGACAAGUGUGGGGUCUGUGGUGGUGACAACUCCCACUGCAGGACUGUGAAGGGGACCCUGGGCAAGGCCUCCAAGCAGGCAGGAGCUCUCAAGCUGGUGCAGAUCCCAGCAGGUGCCAGGCACAUCCAGAUCGAGGAGCUGGAGAAGGUUCCCCACCACAUUGCGGUGAAGAACCAGGUCACAGGCAGCUUCAUCCUCAACCCCAAGGGCAAGGAAGCCACGAGCCGGACCUUCACUGCAAUGGGCCUGGAAUGGGAGUACGCGGUGGAGGACGCCAAGGAGAGUCUCAAGACCAGCGGGCCCCUGCCCGAAGCCAUUGCCGUCCUGGUGCUCCCCCCAGCCGAGGGUGGCCCCCGCAGCAGCCUGGCCUACAAAUACAUCAUCCAUGAGGACUUGCUGCCCCUUAUCGGGAGCAACAACGUGCUCCUGGAGGAGACGGACACCUACGAGUGGGCGCUCAAGAGCUGGGCGCCCUGCACCAAGGCCUGCGGAGGAGGCAUCCAGUUCACCAAGUAUGGCUGCCGGCGCCGGCGAGACCACCACAUGGUCCAGCGGCACCUCUGCGAUCACAGGAAGAGGCCCAAGCCCAUCCGUCGGCGCUGCAACCAGCAGCCGUGUGCCCAGCCUGUGUGGGUGACGGAGGAGUGGGGCACCUGCAGCCGGAGCUGUGGGAAGCUGGGAGUGCAGACCCGGGGCGUGCAGUGCCUGCUGCCCCUCUCCAACGGUACCCACAAGGCCAUGCCAGCCAAGGCCUGCCCUGGGGACCGGCCUGAGGCCCGUCGGCCCUGCUUCCGUGUGCCUUGUCCAGUCCAGUGGCGGACAGGAGCCUGGUCCCAGUGCUCUGUCACCUGCGGAGAGGGCAUCCAGCAGCGGCAGGUGGUAUGCCGGACCAGCGCCAACAGCCUGGGGCAGUGUGAGGGGGACAAGCCAGACACCGUCCAGGUCUGCAGCCUGCCCGCCUGCGAAGGACAGCUCCAGAACUCCACAGUGAGGGCUGACGACCCAGAACUCGUGACCCCAGAGGAGCAAUGGGUGCCACCAUCUGAGCCCCUAGAUCCCAUUAACAGGAUAUCAUCAACGGAGCCCUGCGUGGGGGACAGGUCCAUCUUCUGCCAGCCGGAACUGCUCCAUCGCUACUGCUCCGUCCCCAGCCACCCCCGGCUGUGCUGUGAGUCCUGUACCAAGACGGCCUCAGACCCUGACGCAAGCCCACACCCUGGCCUGGUCUCACCGCCACCCUUCUCCGCUCCUGGGAGCCCCUUCCCAGGACCCAAGGCCCCUCCAGAUGCUGCGGAGCCCACUCUGGGGCCAACGGAAUCAGACGAACAUCAGCGUGGCCGACCCACGCAGCUCCCAGGACCUCUGAGCACAAGCUCCCCGGUGACCCAGCGCAGCUUUGCUCUCCAGAAACUGAGUCCUACAGUAUUCGGGGGCACUUCCCCUAGCACCCCCCAGGGACCAUCUUGGGGCUGGACCGGGGCACCUACACCAGCCUCCGAAAACAAAGGGCAGCUCAGGGAAGACCCCAAGCAUCCAGGCACCAGCCUGCCUGCCACCGCCCCGGUGACAUGAGCCCGGCCUCGCCCAUCCCGCCAGUCAAGUUUACACUCUGUGCUGCCCCCGGAGACCCCCCGCUGGAGGACGCACAGUGGGGCAGGGACGAGCACAGACUGCCUUUUAAAUUAUUUGUCUUCUUAUUGUUCUAGUUGAGGCUGUGACCCUUUUCACUCCAUGAAGUGGGUGUGUGAGGAAGAAAAAGAUCAGGGAAUCCCUAACCGGAAAUACCUCAGCAAGCAGCCCAGGUGACUGACUCGGACCUUGGUGGGGUGGGGCUGGGGAGGGAUGGUGCCCCUGUCUGUCUCUCCUGCCAGCACUGGGGACCAGGUAACACCAUGCCCCUCACAGCCACCGGGGGUGCAUGUGCUCUUGAGGCUCCCGCUGCAGGGCUGCGGUGGGUGGGAGGCAAGUUCCCCUCAGGCCCAGCCCUUCAUCAUGGGAGCUCCAGAUAACUCCUCCAGCCAAAGCCAAGAAGCAGAGCCCAGCCUGCCUUUGCAGGCUGGAGGGCAGUGUCGGUGGCUACCUCUGCUGCUGCCGAUGGCACUUCCUAUUACUUUUGUUGCCUCCGGGUUACAGGCAGACCUCCCACCUCACCCCUGCCCAUCCAAGAAGGGGGCUCUGGACACUCUGGAGCAGGUGUCCUUAUUAUCCAGGGGUUUCCCAACUGGUGCUAGACCCCCGGCUGGACCAGGAAUGGCAACUCUUGUCAUCACUCUGGGGCAUGAAAGGAGCGCAGCCUGGAAGGCAGCUGUGGGGCACAGAGGAGGUUUGCAUUCUCAGGCUCUGCCCCGUCAAUCACGGCCCUCUACCAAGGGCCACCCCUGCUGGAGUCGGGGGUCUUCUCCUCCCACCUGGCUCAAGCUGGGCCAGAGGCUUGGGGUGCUGGGGUGGGGUUCAGGGGUGACCAGUCUCUUAAGGCUGAGGACCAGAGUCCACUCAUGGCAAGUGCUCCAGAGCAGGACCUGAGCCUCUGCCCCAUGCAGGGGUGGGGAGGAGACACAGGCCAGCAGUGCUGUGGCUUUAGCCACCCCCACAUGACUUUCAAGGGCAGGUACCUUCCCUAGACCCCCUGGUUCUCAGGAAGCUGCCUGUUUCCCGGGAUCUCUCCCAGGGGUCCUCACUCCGAGUCCUGCAGGGGGUCCCCAGAUGCCUUAGCAGGCCAUAGAGGUGCUUACCAGUUCAUCCAUCAGGCCAUUCUGAGCCAGGCGAAAGGAAUGGAAGCAGUGGGCCUUGGCCUGCAAUGCCCUGGAGAAUGGGGGCCCCAGGGGGCUCCCCAGGUGCCCUCUCCACCCCUACUGCCCCCCGCCCUAGGAUGUUCGGGCACACACUGAACCAUUCCUGUGCCACCUGGCCGGCCUGUGUUAAGUGCCUUUGCGAUCCAGAUCUUUACACUUUUAUGUAUUUAUUAACAUUGUCCUUGGUGUUCUGUUUUGGACCCCA